AUGCACCUGGACACUGGCAAACAGGCAGCCUACGGUUCGGGCUGUGACGUGGUGAUCUUGGCCAGUGACUUUGAGUGUGUGCAGAUCAUUCCCGGGGCCCAGAAUGGAAACAUCCAGGUGGGCUGCGUGGAGUGCUCCCACCAACUCGGCCGGAUUGCUGCUUCUUACGGAAACACAGUGUGCGUCUUCGAGCCUCUUCUGACAAACCCAAACAAACGCCACAAGCUUAACUAUCAGUGGCAAAAGACCGGACAGUUCUUCCUCGAUGCCAUCACCUACAACCUGGCCUGGGACCCUCAAGGGAACCGUAUUCUGGCAGCUACAGAGCGCCUGCAGCUGUGGGCUCCUCCCCUGUCGGACGCCCUGAUCGAGGAGGAGGACGGACAGGGCACUGACGACAAGCCACACCCGGUCCUCAACGACUGGAACUGUGUGUGGCAGUGCAAAACUGCUGCAUCUAUUCAUGUUGCCAAGUGGUCUCCAGAUGGGGAAUACUUUGCUACCGUUGGAAGGGAUGACUGUUUACUCAAAGUGUGGUACCCCUCCACUGGGUGGCGCUCUGCUGUGGUGGUCCAGGACCCGUCUGAUAAAAAAGCCAUUCCUGUGCACUUCUCUUUUGUUUAUUUGGCCCAUCCCCGAUCGGUGACGGGUAUGUCCUGGAGGAAGACCAGCAAGUUUAUGCCCAAGGGCUCAGUCUGCAAUGUCCUACUGACGUCGUGUGAAGAUGGCGUGUGCCGGUUGUGGUCUGAGACGCUGCUGCCGGAGGAUAGCCUGCUCGGGGGGCAGGUAUCCGAGAAUGCGCAGUCCUUCAGCUCUAGUUUACCUGGGUUCGGCGGGAAGGACAAAAUACAACAUGCCUUGGAGUCCAUCCACCACUUGAAGCACCUCCGCAGAGGCAGGAGGCGGUCGUCUGCUCUGGUCACCCACAGUGAGCUGCUGCCGUCUCAGCUCGGCUCCCACGACCCGCACACUCACCGGCACAUUGCUCACCACGCCAACGCCCUCUGUCACUUCCACAUCUCUGCCAGUAUUAACCCCAGCACAGAUAUUCCGUCCUUGGCCGAUGCUGCAGCCUUUAACGCAGACGAUGGCACUGGGGGCGGGGGCUUUGUGGUGCACUGGCUCAACAAUAAGGACCUAAGCUUCACCUCUUCUAUGGACCUCUUUAUGCUGCAACUGCGCAAGUUUACUGAGCAACAACUUGAACAGACCACCGACGACCCACUCGACCCAGAUGGAUCCCCCAUGAAAUUUGAAUUUGACCUGGACGAGAUGUCGGACAAAGCCUCGUCCGAGCAGGGAGAGGAGAUGGACCCGGGGGAACACUGCAGCACCAAGGCCUCGUCCCCGGGCUCCAGCUCCAGCCUGCCCCUGCCCUCCAUGCUGUUGGAGAGGAAGAUGGAGACUCUGAUGACGGAGUGGAACAAAAGCCCAGACAUGCUUUUCACCAUUCACCCAGUGGACGGCUCUUUCCUCGUCUGGCACGUCAAGUAUCUGGACGAGUUCAACCAGGGCAUUUUCAGACAGGUUCAGGUCUCUUUCUCCUCUCGUAUCCCUGUGGCAUUUCCCACUGGCGACGCCAACUCUCUAAGUAAAAAUAUUCUGAUGUACGCCUACACCCUGACAGAGGCAGAGAGUCCCGGGACAGGGGACCAGGGGAGAUCCGCGCCGCCUCUGCCCCGCUCUGCUUCUGCCUCGGCUGGCCUCACUUCACUGGGCAUGAACCCCUCCUCCAACUCCCAGCCCAUCACCAGUCCGGCCGUCAUGAUGGUCUCCAAGCACGUGGACGGGUCCCUCAACCAGUGGGCGGUGACGUAUGCGGAGCGCUCGGCCUUCUCCAACGUCCUGAACGUGUCUCAUAAGUUCCGGUACUGUGGCCACCGCUUCCACCUGAACGACCAGUCCUGCCACACGGUUUUGCCGCUGCUGCUGACCUCAUCGCACCACAACGCCCUGCUCACCCCUCCCUCAGCCCCAGGCAGCUUGGAUGGAGAGCAACCACCCACUCUGCCCAUCCCCAAAGGACUGCCCAGGUACCCCGGCAGGCCAACACACAUUUAG